AUGAAUAGCGCUGACAGCCCGUUUUACUUGGCCAUAAAUUAUCGGCGACGACCUGGCAGCAACUUCUGGUACAUGAGGGCACCACUCGGCAAGAACGGGAUUGACAAGCUGAAAUGAAUAGCGCUGACAGCCCGUUUUACUUGGCCAUAAAUUAUCGGCGACGACCUGGCAGCAACUUCUGGUACAUGAGGGCACCACUCGGCAAGAACGGGAUUGACAAGCUGAUGAAAACAGCUGCGCAAUCAGCAGGCCUGCAGGGAAAUUUUACCAACCACACUGUUCGAAAAACUUGUAUAUCUCGCCUGAUGGAUGCAGAGGUUCCCGUAAAUUACGUCGCUCAAUUAAGCGGGCACAGAACUUUGAAGAGCCUCGAUUCUUACAAAGCAGCGUCCGCCGACCAUCAGCGGAAAAUGUCCUUAAUUUUAAGCCGCUCCGGCUAA